AUGCAUCUGUGCCUUCCUGCGUCGUCGCCUGCAGCAGAAUCCGUCGCCGAGCGCGCUGACUCCAUUCCGUGCGACGAUGGCGACAACUUUCAACGUCUCGUUUCCGAUCAGCUCGUCGCACGCGUGCGACGAUACGGCCCGUCGUUCCUCGUGGGCACGUGUGUCGCUCUCAGCCUAACCUUCGGCUUGCCGCGCGCGGCGCAAGCAAAAUCCGGCAAGCCCGUCGCCUCAGCACCCACGCCGAUCGUGGGGCGGCAGACCCCCGACGGGGGGAAGGCGGAGGCGGAGAAGGAGGUGGCGGAGAGUGCGCGCGCGCAAGCGGCGGAGCAGGAGCGCGCGGUGAAGAUGCUGGAGGACUUUCUGGCGAAGCACCCGCGCGACGUGACGGCGCUGCGCAUGCUGCUGCGCGUGCGCAUGAAGUGCGCGGACUUCGCGGGGGGCAUCAAGAUCCUCGACCAGCUCGUGGAGAUAGAGCCGGACGACAUGGAGUGGAAGUACAUCCGCGCGCAGGCGCAGGAGUUCGUGGGGGACCUACAGGCAGCGCGCAAGGGCUUCCAAGAAAUCCUCAAAGUCGACCCCUUCUCCGCGCGCGCGCUCCAGGUGCGCCCCUGCUUGCUGCGCGCUCCACGUGCGCCCUUGUGCUGCGCGCUCCACGUGUCUUGCUGCGCGCUCCAGGGCUUAGCAACAGUGAUGCGGCGCAGCGGCGAGGACAGCCUGGUGCUGGGGAUGGUGGAGGAGGCGGUGGGGAAGGCGGGGCAGGAGGGCAAGCAGCAGGAGGCCACCAACCUCAAGAUGCUGCUGGGACAGCUGCACGCGCUGCAGGGCAACGUGGAGGCGGCCAUAGCGCAGUAUGACGCCAUCAGCGCCAGUGACCCGAGUGACUUCCGGCCGUACCUGUGCAAGGGGCUCGUGUUCUCACUCAUGGGGGACACCAAGCAGGCCGACGUGCACUUCAAGGAGUUCCGCCGGCGCUGCCCCAAGAACUACGCCAGCUACCUCGAUAACAUGCUGGUCAAGAGCACUGUGGAGGCACGGCGACAGGAGGUGAGCAGUGGGUUGCGGGUUUGGGUGUCUUGUGUGUUGCUUUACACUCAACUUACGCACUGUGGAGGCGCGGCGGCAGGAGGUGAGCAUUGGGUUGCGGGUUUGGGUGUCUUGUGUGUUGCUUUACACUCAACUUACGCACUGUGGAGGCGCGGCGGCAGGAGGUGA